AUGACUCUCAGCUUGAAUUCACGAUCAAACGCACCCCGUGUCUGUGACGACUUUUAACUGGUAUUGCUCUUAGAUGGCUGCUCAUUAUUUUUAACUACUUCAAUGUCUGUGUCUUCAAUUUGAAUCUCUUCUGCCACCAUGGUGGCCUCUACACAAUCUCCACCAUCUGCCAUACUCAUAAUGUGACCUACGGUAUGGUAUACGAGCAUAAACGCAUUGGUAUGUAUACCUGUCAAACUUUGGACUAAAUCUAAUCAGGUGCUACCGUGUCAUACACAUGAAUCGCAUCUCAGUUCAAGGGGAAAGCAAUUCCAAGUCCUGUUAGGGAUUCAUUUGUAACAAUUUGCUCUAAAUGACCAAACCAACUACCGUAACUACACUGAAUGGCACGAGUCUCUGUCACAACGAACUUUGCAACUUUCACAUAAAGUUCAGCCUGAAAUUCACAACUUCAUUUCAAAGUUCACGAUUUGAAUGACAACUACGUAGUGAAAUUGCUCGCUUCGUAGCGAACUUUGGGAAUUUCAAACAAACUUCGGAAACAGUUUGUCAAAAGUUUUGUGAAACGCACUGUAACACUACAGGAGAACAAUGAACAGUUACUUCAAAGCAUUUGGCGAAAAUAAAGAUAUUAAGAUUGUUAAUAAUGAAAUGGUAAUAAAGUUAUUGUUCUGUAAUCUUUUCCAGUUAUUUGUUGAAGCAAUAGUGUUCUCUGAGAGUGCUUAAUAUUAAUAAAACAAGAAAAACUGGAGGGGGGCUUAUAUCCGGAUGGGGUUAUAAUCAGAUGUAUUUUUUUGUUUGCAUGUAGGUGGACCUAUAACCCGGGGGGGCUUAUAAGCGGAUGAGCUCAAAAACGGCAGUUUACGGUAUUUAUAUUUUAGCUCCUCUGCUCACUGAGGCCAGCAGUACCGUUCUACCGGCAACCCGAAAAUAGAGGAUUGCUUUCUGCCUAGUGGUUUCUUGGGCCUUGUUCUGCCUCGUUACUUGUCUGAAAGAAAUUAGUUCGGCACCUAGCAACAAUGCCUCAUGUACAACAAACACAUUGGCAUUGCCUUAUCUCUAUCGACUUUACUCUGACGAACUAUUUAAAAAAACCUUAAGAAUUUCGUUUUGUUGUGUUUUGCUAACUAGGACAUGAACGAUUAAGAAAGAUAUAAUUAAUAUGUGGUUUACAGGUCUCUAUACUAUGGGAAAGGACAAGUGGGGUAUUGAAAGAGGACACUGCCUUUAGUGUGAAGGCGACGAAUAUGAAAGUAGUGUGGUACAAUGUGACUAUUGUGGUCACACACCUAUGAGUCAUGUUCCCUUUGACCCUAAGAGGCCAAGAUAUGACGCAACACCAGGUGCGACACCGACCAGAGGUGUGUGUGGAAACAAAUAGAGUUUAUUUUUCGGUGGUUAAAGAAGAUGGACCUCAACCUGUUAGAGAAAGGCUCGACGAGGGAUUAGCCAGAGAGGGACCAGAACAACUGACAAAUGCAGACGAUGCACCCGCAGCACAUCUACCGGGGAGGACAAGCCACGGCGAGGGGUUUGCCGAAAAGGGGGCAGAUGCCAGCGGCGCAGAGCCCACAAAAGAAGCCUCUGUCAUAGAGGUCGAUACAAGUGUCGAUGAUGAGGUGGGUCCCUUUCAGAGGAAAAUCGAUGCCAUCACAAAAACCAGAAGAUUCGUUGUCAGCAAAACUAGCGUAAAUCUUUUUCGCAUUUUGUAAUGUGUGUAGUGUGAAGAUGAUUGCCAAAAAAGAGCACAAGGGCCAGGAUAUGUUCCUGAUUACCCAGCAUAUAGCCACUGCAAUACAUAAAACUAAUGAAGCCAUUUGUCUCUCAUGCAAGAGCGAAAUUCCCGCAGCGAUUCUCAAAGUACAACGGCAAGUAGAAGACAAGUACCUGCACGUAUUUUCCUUCACCAAGGCCUCCAUCUUGUGCCGUGCAUGUAAGAUUAAGUUCUCUGCCAUGCACAAAGUUGUGUUAAAUAACAUCAGGCAGCACGUAGAUAGUCGUGGCCACAAGGAAAAGAUCAGGAAGACAAUGGCAGCAAGUUCAAAGGAUAUUUCAUAA